AUGGGCACGAGAUUGCAAGCUAACGGCUGUUUGAACUACUGAAGCUCGCACUGUGUGAUCAUUGUGCUACCAUAGAGUGAAACGGUGAUUAAUAUUGUGAUCAUACAGUGAAUAGGUUUCAGAUCACCUGUGCAUUACUAAUAACACACUAAGGAGUAUUAAUCAUGAGGAUUAUUGUUGAAGAGCAUCCAAAUGUGCUGGACGUGUCGGAGCUGCUGCGUCCGGAGCCAAAGUUCUUCGAUAAGGAGGUUUCCAAAUUUCGGGAUUACACCGUCGACGAGAACGAUCCGUUGAAGGAACGAGUUCGACGAACGUACAAGCUGAUGCACACCAACCAAACCGUGGACUUCGUGAAGGGCCGUCAUGCCGAGUGGCUCAAGUUUGAUCAUUUCAAGGCCACUAUUCGGGAGGCGCUGGAAAAGCUGAACGAUCUAGUCGACGAGUCAGAUCCCGACCUAGACCUACCGAACAUCGUCCAUGCGUUCCAAACGGCGGAACGUGCACGCGAAGAGUUCCCGGAGUUGGACUGGCUCCAUCUUACUGGAUUGAUACACGAUCUCGGCAAGGUGAUGGCUUUUUACGGUGAACCGCAGUGGGCUGUGGUGGGCGAUACGUUUCCGGUUGGAUGUGACUGGGGCCAGAGCAUCGUUUACCGAGAGGAUAGUUUCGUCGACAAUCCUGAUGGCGCAAACCCAAAGUACAAUACCAAGUUCGGCAUUUAUGAGCCAAACUGUGGGCUUGAGCAGCUAACGAUGUCCUGGGGACACGACGAAUUCCUGUAUCGGGUACUGAAGCACAACAAAAGCACAUUACCGGAACAGGCGCUUCACAUGAUCCGGUAUCACUCGUUCUAUCCAUGGCAUUCGGGGGGCGAUUAUCAUCAUCUGACGAACGAGAAGGACGAACAAACCAAGCAAUGGGUUCUGAUGUUCAACCGCUAUGAUCUGUACACCAAGUCAACGAAACUACCGGACAUAGAGGCGCUGUGGCCAUACUACCAAAGUUUGAUCGACAAAUACUGUCCUGGAGAGUUGGAGUUUUAAACUAACUGCUAACCGUUAUUACAUCGGAAGGGAUGAUGAUGAUGAGGAAAACAACAUCAUCUUCACAAGUACCUAAGAACAUGUGUUCUGUUGUUGAUUCUUAAUAUAAGAUAUGAAAAGCAUAAUGUUAUAUGGCUAGAAAAGUUUUAAUUUUCGAUCAAUAAAAUGUUUUACAU